AAUUACUUAAUAGGAUUAUAUGUACAGUAUAUAUGAAACAGCCAUGCAUACAGGGUGCAUUAACCCUAUAAGGAAGGAAUUUGAUCAAAGUAUUCCUUCUCUUUAAAAACGUAUUGAGUAACGAAGUGUGUUAUUAUUUGAGUGAAAUUCCGAAAAAAAGGACCUGGGCCUGAGACUAAGAAUGCAGUUUGAGUAAUUCCAGCUACCCUCUUACCAUCCCCCUUAUUUAAAACCUUGCAUCCGAUCUACUGUCUUACAGUUUUGUUCAAAAUUCAGAAUAAAAUGGACGUGUAUUUAGAAGACAGUAGUAGGGGGAGAAAUUUCCUAAUGAUCGAUCAAUUCAAGUUCCAUAAAAAGUUAGUAUUGAAGAGUGGCGUUGUGAAGUGGGUGUGUGAUAGAUACGGCAACCAUAAAGGCCGCUGCAAGGCUAUCUGCUACACUGAAGGUGAAACUACCGUUAUCAAAGAAGGGACGUUCGAACACAACCAUGGGCCAGAUAUCAAGAAAUAUUCAAGACAUAUUAUUGCUAACUCCUGCAAAAGAAAAGCAAGUAACAGUCCUUUUGAAAAACCAGAAAAACUUAUUAAAAAGGAAAUUGAAAGUUCUGCAGUGAGUGCUGAAAAUAUCAGCAAGCAUGAUCUGUCGAUCAUUAGGAAAGCCAUGUGGUACGAAAGAAAGAAGAAAUUGAAGUCAUUGCCGAAGUCUUAUAAAGACAUACAGGAGCCUCUGAUAUUGCUGUGCAAAGGGAGGAUGAAGACUUUACAAGACCACACUGUGCUGAACACAUCACCUCACCAAUGUGUCCAAAAUACGGCUGAGAUAGAGGUUGCUAUGGCCCAGCAUGCCUGCCAAAGAAGAGCAAGAGAGGAUAUGACAACACCCGUUAAUAAGAUAUUUAAAGAAGAAUUCGGCCAUCUUGUGAAUAAAGGUGACUUGGCCAUUGAAGUGCCAAAAUACACCAAUGUAAAGACAAAUCUUUGUAAAAUUAGAAGAAAAGCUUUGGGAACAGCUCAAAAUCCUCAAACUUCUGAGAUAGUCCUGGACGAAGAUCUUCUAGUAACGUUUAAUGCGAACCAAGAGGUAGAUGGUCAACUUGAUGGAAAGUCAACGAGUCUCUCUGCCACUAAAGCAAAGAAGCUUUCCAAAAAGGUGGAGACUCAGAACCCUGGCGCAGAUGGAGGUCCAAGCACAUCAGCGAGUGUUCCACAGUUUCCAAUACCAGACUUUUCUGCUUCAUCCACCAUUUCGGAUUUGAAUUUGUCUGAACCAUCCACUUCUGCUGACAACAGCCAGUCCACGCCUCUAGAACCGUCCGCUUCCGUCAGUGGCACGGGUUACACUCCAUCAGAGAGCCCACCCAUCCAAGUACCAGAGUUGUAUGAAAGCCGCAUGUACAUUUCACCAACCCCGAUGUUAUUCGAAGAAGACAUGCCCGCUAGUCAGGACGCAGAUGGUGAAAGCGGACCAACACAAACCACCAGUGUAGCUGAUGCGACACCUGAACCGACUGAAAGUACAAGCACUGUAAAAGUAAAGCCGAUCGAAACUUUGCAAUCAAAAGACAUGUUUGGAAGGGAGAGUGAACAGGCUACAGAAAACGAGACUGCUAAAGUAGAUAUUAGUGUGAAAUCACUGGAGUCCGCUAUUAAGCGGUUGGAAUCGGUUUCAAAUAAAUUAGCUGCCACUUCAAAUUUUGAUAGUUACGAUCAAUUUGGUAAAUAUAUUUCUUCAGUUCUGAGAGGAUUGCCUAAGAAGAAAGUGGUUUCUCUGAAGCAAAAGAUCAUCACGGAGGUAAUGCAAGCUUUAUCACAAGAGGAAGGAAGCGGAGCUAAAAACACUCAAACUUCAAAAAAUCGUGCAGACACUGAUUCUAUCUCUAAGAAUUGUGCCAAUAAUACACCAGUCAUUACUCUUCCUACCGUAUCACAACCAACAUUUGGUGGACCAGUAAUGUAUGCCCAGUUGUUACCUCAAGUUUUUGAACCUCAAGUGCCAUUUUCCACCAACGUGGCAAAUCCUUCGAUUGUGAAUGUAAUGACUGCCAAUACUUUCAAACCUCCUGAUAUUGCCACCAUCCAACCAAGUCCUAUAAUCAGUGAAUCUCUUGGAGGUCAAACUCCAUUCUCCACAAGUCAGAGAAGUCGAGGAAGGCCUAGAAAACGCAGUGGACCACCAGAAACUUACACAAACAAAAAAAUGGCUCCUGAUGAUAGAACGGCUCUUACAAUGGCUUCUGAGAUGAAGACGACAAGUGUGAAUCCUGAUUUUACAAUGGCUCCUGAGAUGAAUACGACGAGUGUAAAUUCCGCAGAUGAGUUGAACAUGUACCAAUUAUCAUCUGGCUCACAGCAAGAGUCACACUCACAGGAUCGGUUACAGGAAAGCCCUCAAGUCGGGGAAAUGGAAGGAACUACAAACGUGGAAAACUUGAAUAGCAGUCAACUGGAGUAUGAAAUAGAUAUUGAGGAAGGAAAUGAGCUGGCCAAAAUCAAACUAGACAGUAAUGACUCAUUUGAAACAGUCUUAUGUGAGGGAAGUUCUGGAUUGUAUAUAAAGGAGGAGCCCCCAGAACCCGACAGCCUAACUACUAGUCAAGCUGUCACCUCCCCCGUCAAUUGUCACUUGUGUAGUGAAAGACUCAUGAGCAGAGAACAUCUCCAAGAACACUUCUGUUCAGCUCAUUCAGGAGUCAACCAGUCACAAGGUACCUGAUGUGAUGACCAGCUCUGCUAACUGAUCAUGUUUGUAUUUAUAACUGUACAUCUGUUUAUCUAUUUCUUCUUAAGAAAACUACUUAUAGAAUUUAAUUUGAUUUUGUCUAUGUCAAACUGUUUCCUACUUGUAAUUGCCAAAGUUUGAUAUUAUUUGUGUAAAAGUUAUGAUAAACAACUUGUAAUGUAGACUUGAUUUUUUCAUCAAUAACAAUUGAAAUAACUGGAUGUAAACUUCUUUAAAUGUAUGAUGUUAAGAUUUCCUUAACAAAAACACAAUUGAGAACUUUUUACCAUUCUUAGGUUUACUUCAGUAUUAUUAUUUAGUUUCAAUGUGAAUCAAAUCUUUCCUAAAGAAAUUAUUUUAUCUGUGAAUGUUUUGUUACUAUUGUCACAAAAUUGUAAAUUUAGUCAAUUGUAUUCCUUGUCAUUAAGGUUUUAUAAUAAAUUGUUAU